CUCAAUCUCUCUCUCUCUCUCUCUCUCUCUCUCUCUCUCGUGACACGAACUCUGAAUCACAGUACCACAAACGCGCAUUGAUUCGUUCUUCGAUCGAUUCUGCGUCGUCGCAACCGCAAAUCGGAGGCGAAAAUGGAGUUGUUCUACUACCUGGUGUUCGGCGCAUUGGCCGCGGUGGUCGCAGCUCUUGAGCUCAGCAAGAACAACAAGGAUCGAAUCAACACUUCCUCCGCUUUCAAUUCCUUCAAGAACAAUUACCUCCUCGUCUAUUCCCUCAUGAUGGCUGGAGAUUGGUUGCAAGGUCCAUAUGUGUACUACCUUUACAGUACGUAUGGAUUCGGGAAAGGGGAGAUAGGACAGCUGUUCAUUGCUGGUUUUGGAUCUUCCAUGCUGUUCGGAACAAUUGUUGGAUCUUUGGCGGACAAACAGGGCCGGAAGAGGGCUGCGGUCACUUACUGCAUAACCUACAUUUUGAGCUGCUUCACAAAACAUUCUCCUCAAUACAGAGUCUUGAUGGUGGGCCGUAUUUUGGGGGGCAUUGCCACUUCACUCCUGUUUUCAGCAUUUGAGUCGUGGCUUGUCGCUGAGCACUUCAAGAGGGGCUAUGAUGCACAAUGGCUAUCAUUAACAUUCUCAAAGGCUAUAUUUCUUGGAAAUGGUCUUGUUGCCAUUUGUGCUGGUCUGUUUGGAAAUCUCCUUGUUGAUACGUUGAGUCUUGGACCUGUGUCCCCCUUCGAUGCUGCUUCAUGUUUUCUUGCAAUUGGUAUGGCCAUCAUAUUAUUUUCAUGGUCAGAAAAUUAUGGUGAUCCUUCUGAGAACAAGGACUUGCUUACCCAAUUCAGGGGUGCUGCUGUGGUCAUUGCUUCUGAUGAAAAAAUAGCAUUGCUAGGGGCCAUACAGUCUCUAUUUGAAGGCUCCAUGUAUACUUGGGUGUUUCUAUGGACUCCUGCAUUGAGCCCAAAUGAUGAAGAGAUUCCCCAUGGUUUUAUUUUUGCAACAUUCAUGUUAGCUUCCAUGCUGGGAAGCUCACUUGCAUCUAAAUUGUUGGCCCGUUCAUCAAUUCGAGUAGAGAGCUACAUGCAGAUUGUUUUCGUAGUUGCUUCUGCUUCUCUACUUAUUCCCAUUUUGGCCAGUUUCUUGAUACCUCCUCCCAAAGUGAAAGGUGAAAGCCUCUCAUUCGCUCAGUGCAUUCAGAUUCUUGGCUUCUGUACUUUUGAGGCUUGUGUUGGCAUAUUCUGGCCAUCCAUCAUGAAGAUGAGAUCUCAAUACAUUCCCGAGGAAGCCAGGAGCACCAUCAUGAACUUCUUCCGCAUUCCUCUGAACAUUUUCGUCUGUGUUGUGCUGUACAAUGUUGAUGCAUUCCCUAUCACUGUUAUGUUCGGUAUGUGCUCAAUUUUCCUUGGGGUGGCUAGUAUCUUAACAAGGCGACUGCUGUUGCUUGUAGAGAAGCCAAAAACAGAAGAUUGGCAAAUGAAGGAAAGAGACAACGAGUCAGAGCCAUUGAACAUUUAACUUGUUAAAAAGUUUUGGUAAGGCACUGUAUGCAGCUGCAUCAGUCUUAUAUUACAUAAUGCAGUAUCUCUCUAAACUGUGUUUACACGAUUUGAGUGUGAAGGUAAACCUGAUACUAAGGGAAGGGAUUCAAGCAGAGGUGGAGCAAUUUCUUCUUAAAAGCUUUUAGUAACAAUACUGUAGUGCAUUAGAUUUCUAUAAACUCUAGAUUUCUAUUACUUGUGGAGAAAUCUCCGUUUUGGUAGCUCUGAUGUUAUUCUUUUGGGGCGGGAUUUAAGUUUGUCCUGUUUUGGAAUAGUAUAUAUGCUAUACUAUUUCUUUCAUUAUGUUUUUUUAAUUUUGUAAUGAAAUUGCUCCCAAUUCAAUUAAUGCAUACUUUUUAAUCUUCA